GCAAAGUUUUGCCAGUAUCUCUCUUAUGGUCCUUAAUUGACCACACCACCUCUCUCUCUCUCUCUCUCUCUCUCUCUCUCUCUCUCUCUCUCUCUCUCUCUCUCUCUCAUAUUGUUAUUUACAUGGCUUCAAAUGGACUGAAUGAACACCACUUUCAGGAAUAACUUCUUUAAUUCAAAGUGAUAAUUCCAGUACGAAGGGGAAAAUGGCCAACAUUAAACUAUGCAGCUUACUGUUGCUAUUCUUAAGUACCCUAGCAGCAGCGUAUGUUAUAAGAGUCUUGCAGGAUCUGGAAGUCAAUCAGAACUGCAUCGUCUAAGGGUCUUUCUUCCAUUAGGACCAACAAAAGCAUUACACUUGAAGGCUGCUAGUGAAAGAAUCAUGAGGAGGAACUCAAGGAGAUUGAUGAUAGGAUCCACGGCGCCAAUAUGUACUUACAAUGAAUGCAGAGGGUGCAAGUACAGGUGCAGAGCCGAGCAAGUGCCCGUAGAGGGAAAUGACCCAAUCAAUAGUGCAUACCACUACAGAUGUGUUUGUCAUAGGUAAUCUCUCAAAGCUAGCCAUAUAUUGAAAUCAAGUUUAAUGGCGGGUGCGGUUUCAUGUACGUACGUACACGGACAGUAUGUAAAUAGCUUCCAGUUUUUCUCUCUGCGUACUUAGGCUGAGGCGCUGAGCAUCGUUUUGUCAGCUCAUGGGUGAGUUCAGGGUUGUCAAAUGUACAUUAGCUGUUCUUGUGCGUUCUUUUGAGUUUUGGAUGAUAGCAGGAAGAAAAGAAAAAAUCAUGAAUUUGUCAAUUUCUUUAUUUCCAUGCCCUC